CCUGCAUCAUGAAAUCGAGUAUGACAAUGAUCAAAUAGGUACUAUACACUUUGCACCUUUUGAAAGCCUCAACAAAAUCAAGUAUAUCCUAACCGCAACACAAGCCGAAUCUCAACCCCCCGCGGAUAAACAGAAAUCCAAAUUUUGUACCUAAAUGCCAGCUAAAAUCUGACCGGCCAGCGCACGGAGGUGAUCAACAAUAGAAUAUCUACAGCAGAAUCCUACCCCACCACCCUACAAUUGAGGAAUAAUCCAGAUUUCUCUCUUUUCAUGAAUCGGAAACUCCGACAUCAACAUAAUGUCUUCUCCAACCCCCAACCCCAAAACAAUCCCCCUCCCAGGCCACUUCCCCAACACCAUCUCCGACGCCCAGCGAGUCUUCAACGUUCUCCAAAUUGGAGGCAUCGCCAUCGUCCCCACAGAAGUCGGCUACGGCCUCCUAGCCUCCUCCGUCGAGGCAAUCGAGCGAUCCUUCGCCGCGAAACAACGCCGUCCAGGACACGCCCACGGUCUGAUUGGAUCGUACGAGCUGCAUCAUGAGCUGCACGUUCUCGAUGCGGAGAGGUUCAACAUGACCCGCGUUCUCAUCCAAGACCUCGAUAUGGGUUUAGGCAUCGUGGCUCCGUACAGACCAGAACACCCUAUUCUGGCGAAAUUCACCCCGAAAACACUAGCCAAUGUGGUUAAGGAUGACACGAUUGCGAUGUUCGUGGGUGGGGGCUCGUUGUUACGGGAGAUUUGUAGGCUGAAUUAUGAGGCUGGGCAGGUUAUGGUGGGGUCUAGUGCGAAUCUAAGUGGGAGGGGGCAGAAGUUCCGAGUGGAGGAUAUUGAGGAGGAGAUUUUGGAGGUUGCGGAUUUGAUUGUGGAUUAUGGGUUGCAGAGGUAUCAUGUUUAUGGGCGGGCGUCGAUUGUGAUGGAUUUUGGGGAGAUGAGGGUGCUGAGGAUGGGGUCAUGUUAUGAGUUGUUUAGGGAGAGGAUGCGUAGGUUUUGGGGGGUGGAGUUGCCGGAGGAUCCGGUUUAUUAG